UGACAAGUGACAUUUAUUUAUCAAAAUGGCCGUCGUUGCUGUAAGCGUGUUUUUAAAAACCAGUAAAUUCGUUUGAUCGGUGUAUUUACAUUAUAUAUUUGCAUCAAAUUACUAAAUUAUUUAAGAAUGACGACUUCCGAGCAAAUUGGCUUAAAUAAAACAUGGGAGCUUUCACUGUACGAGCUGUACCGGACACCGCAAGAAGUAAUCACCGACAACACGGAGAUCGCGGUAUCCCCUCGCAGUCUACACAGCGAAUUGAUGUGCCCCAUUUGCCUGGACAUGUUGAAAAAGACAAUGACAACGAAGGAAUGCCUGCACCGGUUUUGUUCGGAGUGCAUAAUCACUGCUUUACGAUCGGGGAACAAGGAAUGUCCGACGUGUCGGAAAAAAUUAGUAUCGAAGCGUUCCUUGAGGCCAGAUCCAAACUUCGACCUUCUCAUUUCAAAGAUCUAUCCCAGCAGAGAUGAAUACGAAGCGCACCAGGAAAAAGUUUUGGCCAAAUUGAAUAAGGUUCACUCGAGGGAGGCAUUUGUACAGUCUAUAAAUGAAGGCAUCAAACUACAGUCGCAAAACAGAGCUCCACGCGGUAGGAAACCCAAUGAAACAGUCACCAGCGAAAACCAACCAGGAGAAAAUACAGGCAACGUAAGUGGAGGAGGUGGAAAUGAAAAUACACCUACAAAUCAAACGGCGAACAAUAAUAACUCGCAACAAACUACAAACAACGCUAAUCAAAACGCGGGCAGAAGCACCAAUCCAGGCAGUCCUGCGCCUUCCGGGCGGAGUACCCCUUCGCAGCCUCCAAGCCCUGUCUCUUCCAGUGUCAGCUCGAUAAAACGGCGCCCCAAAAGCGCCAUGACGUCGGAACGUAGCGAGGAAAGUGACUCGACAGCACAGACUGAACAGACAGAUACUGACGGUGAGGGACCCUCUGAGCCUCAUACUUUAAAUGAAAUUGAAUUGGUUUUUAAACCACACCCUACAGAAAUGUCUGGUGAUAAUCCAUUGGUUAGGGCUUUACAGGAAAACUCUAUACGUUACCUGAAAACCACGGCAAACGCCACUGUGGACCACCUACAUAAGUACCUGGCGAUGCGAUUAACAAUAGAUUUGGAUUCUCAGCUAUCGGCCAGUCAUAGUCUGUUAAAUUUCUGUAUCUAUAUAUUACCCUCGUCAGGUCAGUAUGUUCAGUUAAAUGGUAAUCAAACUUUGGGACAAGUGAACGACAAAUAUUGGAAGGAAAAUAAACCCCUGGAGAUGUACUAUUCGUGGAAGAAGACCUAGGGAUUGCGCCGGGGGUCAGAUGUAAAACCCCCCAUAGAGAAUGAGUCAAAAAAUGUAUCUAAAUAAAGAAACAAUAAUUGUCUUUGUUGCUAUCAGGUAAACCAUACAAAAAAGUGUUGUUUUGCAGAUAUAUGUUAAUUUAAAAGAGAAAAUGUUUUAUUAAAAUGAAUAUUUUUUAUGUAGGUAUUAAAUAAAAUUUGGAGAAAAGUAUCUAAAUUACAGACUUUGUUGCUAUGAGAUAAACAAUACUUUUCUUAUAAAAAAAUAUUUAUGAAGAAUAAUCAAUUAAACUAGUGUUCCUUAUCAAUUUUUUUCUUUAUUUCUCAAAAAGCUAAUUAUACAAUACCUACUCGAAAACACUAAUGAACGAACGGUGUAUUUUUUAUAUAAAUUCAAAGAUUUUAUAUUUUUCCAUGUACCUAUUAAUUGUAAAUUCUUAUAAUUUUAAGAAUAAAUUUGUUUUGUGAUUAUUAACUGUCCAUAAUUAUAGCUAGGUAAAUAAAAACAUUGAAAAACAAG